AUGUAUAUUAAGAAGCUGCAGUGUUCUAUUGUAAAUCAUGUUUUAUGCCAGACAAGUAAUUGUGUUCGAAGCUUUCUAACACCUGUGUUCUUCAUCAUGUUUCAAGGUAAAGGCGGUGGGAAAGGAGGUGGCGGAGGUAAAGGCCAGUCAGGUGGCGGUGGCAGCAGUGGUGGUGGCAGCAGUGGUGGUGGCAGUGGUGGUGGUGGUGGUGGCGGUGGUGGCAGAAGCGGGGGAGGUGGCAGCAGUGGUGGAGGUGGCAAGAGUGGCGGAGGUAGCAGUGGAAGUGGUGGGGGUGGCAGCAGUGGUGGGGGUGGCAGCAGUGGUGGGGGUGGCAGUGGAAGUGGCGGAGGUGGUGGCAAGGGGAAAGGGAAACGCAGCCUGCUGCUGGAGCCCCUACCACACGCCGUGAUCCACGGCCCUGUGCCUGCCUACCCCCACCUCUAUGUGCCAGUGCUGCCCUAUGGCUAUGUCAAGCACCACGGUCCUGUCCUCCAUGGAUAG